GUGAGAGCGCGGCCGGAGGCACCUGCGCCCCUGCGCCUCCCGGAGGUGAGACCCCUCCAUCCCCGUCCCCGAGCCUCCGGGAGGGGAGCCUCUCCAUCCCCCCCACGCCCCGCCGCCCUCCAUCUCCGCCCCGGAGCCCGGGGAGGGCCCACCCCAGCCCUGGCUCGGCAGGCGGAGGCUGGGAGGGCGUCGCGCACGGACAGCGGCCUCGGGGCGGUUUCCUCCCAGGUCGGGACAAAGGCGGCGCCAGCAGGCCUCUCAGCACCGCGGACGGCACGGGCGCCAAGGAUCUGGAAUCCCAUGACACUUAUAUCCAGAACACACUCUCUGCCCUCUACCCACCUUUUGAGGCCACAGCAGCCACAGUACUCUGGCAGCUGUUCAGCAUGGCUGAGAGGCUCCACGGAGGGGACGGGCUGCGCUGCCUCACUGAUUUCCUCAUCCCCGCCGAGAGGGCCCUGCAGCACCUGCAGCAGGAAGCUUGUGCCAGGUACACAGGCUGUAUCUUCUUCCACGAGGGCUGGCUGCUGUGCAUCCACGAGAAGGUGGCGGUGCAGUUGGCAUCCCUGCAUGGAGUCAGGCUCAGGCCUGGGGACUUCUACCUGCAGGUCACAUCGGUGAGGAAGCAGUCAGCCAGACUGGUCUUAAAAUGCCUCUCUCGGCUCGGACAAGGCUCAGAAGAAGUCUCUGUCCCUGAGGCCAUGUACAGCUGCGUCUUCACAGGAGAGUUCCUGGAAUGGGUGAAUGAGGAGCGGAACAGUGUCCCCUUGCAACACUGCUUGCUGACCUCAGGCUCAGCGGUCUACCGCACCCCGUGGAGCAACGUCACAGACCCCAUCUUUGUACCCGUGACCAGAACUGUCCAGCCCAGCUGCUCCAGCUGUCCCGGGCCCCAGCAGCUACCGCCCAGUAGUGCCUGGGAGGACCUGGCCCCAGCACCAGCCACAGCCAGCCCUUGUCUGCGAGGGAGCACCCCUUCCAGCGACACCCCAACCCUACCCUGCUGCAGCGGGCAUCCUGGCAGUGACCAGCCCAGCCAUCCUCCUUACCUGAAGAGAGCUGAGUGGGAAAGACCCAGGGCCGUGUCUGGGAGCUCUGACAGAGGCCUUGUAGGUGUCGGCCUCUUAGAGUGGAGCCUGGGGAAGCCCCUUGGGAGCCCCAAAGGACCAGGAGGGUGGCUGGACACCCUGGACAAGAAGGACAGCCCCCAGGCCGUCACCUUCCAUGGGGACGCAGGCAGUCCAAGCUCCAGGAGGCAGCCACCCAGGGACCAGGCCAGCAUGGAAGCCAGACGCUGGUUCAGGAAGUCCUACAUGGAGGCCCUGCGGAACCCCAUGCCCCUGGGCUCCAGCUCCGAGGAGUCCCUUGGGGAUGAGGCCUGUAGCUCCCAGACCAAGGGGUCUGGGGCAGAGGCCAGUCCAACCCAGAAAGAAAGGGGGAGUCCGAGUCAAGAGAACAGUCCAGGAGCCACGGGGAGGACCCUUCCCAGGAGGUCUCGGUCCUGGGACAGGUCCCUUAGAAGCUCCCAAAGCGACGACCACCGGGCUUCUCACCACUCAGUGAGUGCCAGGCCCUGGGGUCUCUUAGGAGGACAAGCUGCAGGGACCAGAAAGGCAGGCUCCAGCGGCCCCUCAUGUGCCACAGCGGAGAGUCCCAGCUGCAACAAAGAGGAAGCCGAUGUCAACACCAACGGCAGCAGCUUUCGCGGACAAGAUGUGCUUGCUGAGCUGCUGUGCCUUGAGGCUAAAGGAUGGCUGCCCAGCACAGGAGACCCACCUGACCAGGUGCCCAGGCAGGUGCUGGAAGUCAACCAGGAGCUGCUGCAGUCCGGGGUUGUCUCCCUCCCAGGUGAGCAUGACCGCCAGGGAAGAGCAGCGGUGCAGGUCUGCACGAGGGGCCCACUCUGGUGCAGCAAACAUGCCUCAAGUGCCGAGCUGACCCACCUGCUGAAGUACCUCCAUGGCAUCCCCAGGAAGGAGGUGCGGGACCUGGGGCUGGUCAUCCUGGUGGACGCACGCAGGAGUCCAGCCCCUUCUCUCUCCCAGGCCCUGGCAGCACUGCAGAACACAUCUCCUCCCAUGAUUCAUAGUGUUUUGCUGUUGGUGGAGAAAGAAUCAGCAUUUAGGCCUGACAAGGAUGCAACAGUCCAGUGUGAGCUGGUCGGCUCCCUGAAGGCCCUGCACAAGCUCGUUGACAGCGCCCAGCUGGCCAUAGACCUUGGAGGCUCUUUUCCCUACAACCACAGUGACUGGAUCUGCUUCCACAGGCUGGAGCCCUUCACCACGAACUGCGAGGAAGCCAUUGUUUUCCUACAAAGUUCAGUCUGCUCCCUAAACACCCGCAGGACCCCCAGCACAGCACAGGAGGUCAUGGAGUCGAUCAGCAAGCACAAGGCAACGAUGAAGCGUGUCCUGGAAGACGCCCUGCUGGUUGCUCUCCGGCUGGAAGGUGGCACGGUGCUGGCGCGGCUGAGGAGGGAGGAGCCUGGCGCCAGUGAAGACUGUCGAGACACCAUCGAGGCCGCCUCCAGGCUGUACCACCAAGUGGACGAAGAGGUCCACAGGCUCGUCCUUGCGUCCAACCAGUGUCUGCAGGAGCUGGAGAGUCUACGGGAAUGGAGGAUGCUCCAGGAGGGAGCUGAGCAGCAACGUUGUCAGAAAGGACUACAGCUGACGGAAGAGAACAACCCACGAGACACGGAGGACACGGUCCAGGACUUCAAAAGGCGUCUGAGUGCCGCAGCUGGCCGGGCCAAGCGGAGGGAGGGAGAGCUGGCCGGGUGGGCCAGCCUGUCGGAGUUCUAUGCGUCGGUAAGAGACCCAGGGGCGUCCCUCAGGGACCCAUACAUGCUCCUUUCUGCUUUGGACAUUCACGAGCGUCUGGAACCCCUGGGCCCAGAGCUGGCAGCUGAGCGUCUGAAGAGCUGUCCCCAGGAGGCCGUGGGGGUGGCUGUAGAGAGCGUCCCCAGGGCCAGUACAGCCAUGCCAGGCGUGGGUGGCCAGCAGGUGCUGGGGCCGUGGCUCCCCUUGGGGCUGUGGUGCCAGCAGAUCCAGCUCUACUCACAGGAGGCCCUUCCUGAGGCCACCCUGGGCCACGGUGCCCCAACUCUGGGCUGGAGCCCCCUGAAGUGCGAGCUUGCCCAGGGGGCCGAGAGAAGGCACCACGAGCUGCCCUGGAUCCCCCUCGCUGACUUCAAGGGCCAAGCUGGGGAGCAGGCCCCACUGCUGCCCAGCUUCCCUGGACAGGCUGCUCUGUGUGGGCAGGAGGACAAGCACCUGAGCCCAGGUGUGCCUGCCCCAGACUGCAGGUCCACCUGCCCCUGUGAGCCCAUCCAGACACACGCUGCCCACCCUAGGAAGCAUCCCCUGAAGAAAGUCACAAAGAAAACACAAAGCUUCGAGAUUCUGCAGCCUGACAGUGGCCCUAAGGACUCCCGCCGGCCUGGCCACACUGGGGUCGUCAUCAAAGGCCUGGAGGUGACCAGCACCGUGGCCUUGGAUAAGCCCCCGCCGAGGCCACCUGGCGGGAGCCCCCUGUUCACUUGGAACCAGAGUCUGUUCUCUCCGUCCAGGAUCCAGUCCCCUGAGGAGGACAGGAGUUGGCAAGCAGGAAGCAGCCGCCUGCAGCACAUAAUGGCCGAGAUGAUUUCCACAGAAAGGGAGUAUGUCAGGUCCUUAGCCUACGUCAUCGAUAACUACUUUCCAGAGAUGGAAAGAGUGGACCUGCCCCAGGACCUGCCAGGGAAGCGCGGCGUCAUCUUCGGGAACUUGGAGAAGCUCCAUGACUUCCACUGCCAGCACUUCCUCAGGGAGCUGGAGUGCUGCCGGCACUGCCCGUGGGCCAUGGGCCGAAGCUUCCUGAGACACGAAGAACAGUUCGGCAUGUACGCACUCUAUAGCAAGAACAAGCCCCGGUCGGAUGCCCUGCUCUGCAGCCACGGCAAUAGCUUCUUCAAGGACAAGCAGUGGGCACUGGGCGACAGGAUGGACCUGGCUUCCUACCUGCUGAAGCCUGUGCAGCGGCUGGGCAAGUACGCGCUGCUGCUGCAGGACCUGGCCGGGGAGGCCAGCCGCUGCCCCACCCAUGAGCAGGAGCUGGGUGAGCUGCGCACCGCCGUGGACGUGGUCCGCUUCCAGCUGCGCCACGGCAACGACCUGCUGGCCGUGGAUGCUGUCUGGGGCUGUGACGUGGACCUGAAGGAGCAGGGGCAGCUGCAGUGUCAGGACGAGCUUAUCGUCUGCUGUGGAAGGAAGAAGUGCCUGCGGCACGUGUUCCUUUUUGACGAGCUCAUCCUGUUUAGCAAGACCAAGAAGGUGGACAGAGGCCAUGACAUCUACACGUACAAACAGUCCUUCAAGACGACUGAGAUCAGGAUGACGGAGAACGUCAGAGACAGUGGCUUGAGGUUUGAGAUCUGGUUCCGCAGGCGGCACAAGUCCCAGGACACCUACGUUCUCCAGGCGAGCUCCGCGGAGGUCAAGGCUGCCUGGACCGCAGCCAUAAGGAAGAUCCUGUGGCGGCAGGCUCUGCAGAACAGAGAACUCAGAAUGCAGGAAAUGUCGUCUAUGGGGAUGGGCAACAAACCAUUCGUGGACAUCAAGCCCAGCGACGCAGCCAUAAGUGACCGGGCCAUCGACUACAUCAUGCAGGGACCAGGGUCACAAACCCGAGUGUCCGUAGCUGUGCCCUCCCGUGACUGUGUCACCCCCUUCAAGAGACCACACUCCACCAUCUUGGACAGCAGCUCCUCCUCCUCCAGCAGCCAGACCUACUCCGCGCUGGGGCCACUGACCCUGCAGGCAUCCACCAGCCCGGCCUGUUGCCCCUGGCCGCCUGACAUCAGCACUUGCAUUGAGGAGGACGAGCUGGAGAUGGGGAGCCAGCCUUCCACACGUACAGGGAGUUCAGUGUAUUCGAAGUGCACGUCGGAUGACAGCGACCCCAGCCUCCCUGGGCCACGGCCUCUCCCAGAGCUGUUCCCUGACGAGGGCACCUGCCGGCCACAGCUCCAUGGAGGCCAGUUCACCACGACGAUGAGAUGCGGCUCCUCCAGGGAGAACCCCGGACUUUGAGGGCGGAGGAACCUCGGCCAGACCUGGGCGUGAAGUCUGGAGAUGAAACACUCAAGCUGGGGGUUCCUGAUCCUCCCCCGCCACGGGCCCCCCAUCAGCACGGCCCUCUGGGCCUGAAAGUUGCCGGUCCUGGCCCUGUGGCUGGGCAUUGCCCAGCCUCCCUGUACCCUGCUGCCUUGAACUCUCCCCGACUCCUAGGGCCAUGCGGACCCCCAGCUCUGGAGCGGAGGCCCAGGCGGGCACGGGCGUCUCACAGUAGGGUGAGCCCUCUGGGACUGUGUCUCCCCAGCCAUCAGGCAACUCGGGCUGGUGAGCGACGGUCCCCAGGAGCAGCCCCACCGGGGUGCGUCUGGAUGCAGGGCCAGACCUUUCCUUUAUAACAAGUCACAUGUAGGUGGCAGGAGUGGUACUCAUCUUAGGCUCAGGUGCCACCGACCACCACCUGUGGUGGUGAGCCUGACGAGCCAUACCCUGCUUGCCAGAUGGCCCCAGGUUGGGGCAGGGGCAGAGCAGCUGGGAGGUCCUGUCAGCAUGGACAGUGCCCGGAGAGGAGCACUCACCAAGCAGAGGAGAAUAAUAAUCAUUUGAAGGGAGAGCCUGGGUGGACGCCAGACCUUUGACAAGUUCCUGCUGCCUCCCCAAACCCUGUCCCCGGGGAGUGGUACCUACAGCAGGAGCAGGUGACAGGCAGGGGCCACACCUUUGGGACUGGCUGGCAUCUUCUCUGUUUCUUUGUUUCAGUGCUGACUUGCCCCAAACUUUA